UUCUUUUUCCACGUGAACGCGCACGCUGCCGCUUCGUCCACCUCAAACGUCGCCCGUUUGAAAUUUCGCAUCGAGCCAAUCAGCUGCGUCCAGGUCACGGUGCCGUAUUUUGUAGCGAAGAUGGCUGCCUCUCGGAACGGGAAGAGCGGACUGCUGGAGAAAUGGAGGAUCGAUGAGAAACCGGUGAAGAUCGAUAAAUGGGACGGAGCCGCCGUGAAGAAUUCUCUGGACGACGCUGCAAAGAAGGUGCUGCUGGAGAAGUACGGCUACGUGGAGAACUUCCAGCUGGUGGACGGCCGUCUGCUCAUCUGCACCGUCUCCUGUCUGUUCGCCAUGCUGGCUCUGGUCUGGGAUUAUCUGCACCCGUUCCCCGAGUCCAGACCGGUGCUGGCCUGCUGCGUCAUCUCGUACUUCAUCAUGAUGGGAAUCCUGACUCUCUACACGUCCUACAAGGAGAAGAACAUUUUCCUGGUGGCGCUGCAGAAAGAUCCAGCUGGGAUGGAUCCGGACCACAUCUGGCAGCUGUCCUCCUCCCUCAAACGGUUCGAUGACCAGUACACUCUCAGAGUCUCCUUCACCGACGGGAAGUCAAGGAACUCAAGGGAGGCCGAGUUCACCAAGUCGGUGUCGGCGUUCUUCGACGAGAACGGGACUCUGUCCAUGGACCAGUUUGAGAAGUCGGUUUCCAAACUGCACGACACUCUGGCAACAGACAAGAAAACCAAAUAACUCUCUGAACACACGACGACAUCUCAGCUUGGUUCAGACACUGGAGGGGUUCUUAGUUUCACUCGGUCCGUUGGUUUCAGUUCGGUCCUUCAGCGGUCGGUUAGAAAAAGGUUGUUAGUCGUUUCCACUGCAGGAACUUUCCCAACAAAGUCACCACGUUAUAGUUUUUUUCUCAACAUUUUAAAGUCCUGCAGCUACAGACAGAUUGAAAGCUUUAAGUCUUGAAUUUUAGCUUCCUUUUUUUUUUUUUUUAUCCUUAUUAGACAUUUUUCCACUGCAGGUUCAGGACUUUAUUUCCAGGAUCCAGCAGUAAAACAGUGGAGCUUUGUUAUGUUGGAACAUAGGAUGGAUUUUAUGUUUUUGGUGACGUUAAAGAGAAAAAUUCAACCAAUCUCAGAAGUCCUUACUCUAGACUAAGAAGUAGGAACUUUUUUUGAGUCUCUGCUGGGACGGUUCUCGCAGUGGGAACAUGAAUAAAAGAUAAACUUGCAAGUUCCUGCAGUCAGAAUCAACCUUUUGUUUGCUUUUCUUUUUAGGUCGGAGCAGGAAGUGAGAUCAGAAUCGUGGCAAAUUUUAAGCAACUUUCUUCACGAAUGAUCAGCAGCGUCAUCAAUAAUAGAUUAACUGAUGGCAGGAUUUGAUUUCAGUCACUUUCGCUCUUCUUUAAUGCGACGUCGUUAAACACCGUAGAAGUCUUUGUCAUUGUGCCCCUUUAACAGCUAAACUAAAUAUUGGCUAAACAAUCCAUGACUGAUAAACAGAAAUCAAUGUUUUAAUCAGUUCCAGUUUGUCUUAAACUCCUUAACUCUGGUUGGAGGUCAUUAGGCAUCACAGUAGUCUUUGUCAUGGUGCCCCUUUACUAGCUAAACUCCCACAAUGCUCUCUGCUUUAACAUGAACUGGAGUCUGAGUGACGCCUCCUCUGGUCUCUACAGUAUUAAACGGUAAGAGGCUCCACCUGAUGGAACAACCAGGAACUACAGCUGAUCAACAUUUACUGACAUGCAUGACCUUGCAUUUUUCGAUUUUGUCUUUUUUUAUUUCAUGUCUCCUGUCGAUUGUUUUUUGUCUCGCUUUUGGGUCUUAUGUGCGUCUCCUUUCCGAUGUUUUGUGUCUUUUUUUUGUUGUCUUGUUUUCAUCUUGUAUUGUUUUUGUUUCCUUGGUGUAGUUCAUUCUCAUAUUUUGCCAUUUUUUGCCUUGGUUGGUAUCCAUUAACCACCUCAUAAGUCUUUGUCAUGGUGCCCCUUUGCUAACUAAACUCCCACAAUGCUCCCUGCUCGCCAACAUGAACCUCCUGUUAAACAGUGAGAGGCUCCACCUGGUGGAGCAAUCAAGUACUACAGCUGAUCUGCAACACAUUUACCAACACGCACAACCAUUUUCUCGUUUAAAUUAUUAACGACAGGAAGUCUGUUGACGGUUAAUCAUCGGGACACAAAAGUUGACUGCAUUCUCUGUGAUAAAGAAAACUUAGAGUUAAUCGACUUUGCUGUUAAAUGAGCGACAAACUGAAACCAGCGAACCGCCUGAAAGGAAGGAAAUCUGUCGUAGCUUUUACAGCAGGUUAGAAAUGGUUUCAUAACUCCAUGAUUCCAGGAAACAAGCAGACUUUAGAAAUAACAACAUCCAGUUAUCUGUUCUUCUCAGAAUCUUCUUCUGCCCUCCAGGCUUUCCUCAUUCCUACAGCACAUGUUUGUAUUUUUGUUGAGCAUUUUAUACAUUUUGAGAAAAAUGAGAACUUGAGGGACGUCCAGCAGCUCAUUGGAUCAUUUUAAACGGUUAACAAGCGCUAAUUGAGCAGAUUCAUACGCUGUCUCGUUCUCUGUACAGGUCAAAGCAACAUUUCAAGUUUUAAAAACGAUUAUCUAUAAACUGACGCCUUCGCUGUGUAAUUGGUAGAAAAACUCGCUAGCAUUCAGAACAUUCAGGAAGUUUCAGGCUUCACCAAUCGCAGUGCGACGUGUCACAGGGUGGGCGGAGCCACCUGAAAGGUCACGCAGGUGUGAAGCGAGCGGUUGUCGUCAUGGAGACACAACUGGCGGUGGCGGGAACAUAAUUUUUUUACGUUCAGUGAAUCAGUUGACGUUGCCGAGCGCCUCGUUAGCAUCGUUAGCAUCCGUCGGUGAUCUGAACAGACCUGCUGGGUGCUAGCAUGCUAACGUUAGCUCAGACGACGGUGGUUCUUCCAGAUGGACUUGUGGACGCCUUAAAGCAGGACGAGGACUGAAUGUGGACCGUCUGUUGUGUAACUCUGUCUGUGAAUAUUAAAGAUGGACUGUUACCCAAAAAAGAAAAA